AGACUAGUCUUCUGUUACAUUUUUUUGGGGUUCUGUAUACUUAAACAAGACUAAUAAAUUAGGAGUGUCAAAGGGGUUAACCCACCCCAAUUAAACCGCUCGAAUCCACAGUCCACGAUGAGCCAACUUGUGCACAGCCCACAAUUUUUGGCAUCAAAAUUGUAGGCACAUGACUCGUCCGAUGAUAGGACAUUUCAUGCCCAAUCCGCAUGUUUUUUUGCCGUAUUGAUCAAUACAAAUGGUUUGCUUUCUUUGUCAUAUUUUAUUUUGGACAGUGUUAACCCAAAUGUUUCAACUUAAAGAGAUGUAGUCAGGACUCCGGCCAUUAAAACAAACUUGGAACAGAAGCUUCCUCUUUGUCAUUAGUGCCCACAGGAACAAAGUCAUGAUUGUUCACAGUGACGCCUCCAUUAUCACAUUGAGACCGACCAUUGCUUUCCAAACAAAGAAGAAACUUCAAAUUUGUAUUUAGUAUUUACAUUUUACAAUGUCAGAUACUAUAAAGGUAGCAAAUAUGUAUUGAACAUUCUUGGACAAGUAGUUAAGAAAUAGUGUUUUUCGUGAUACAUGCACCAACUUGUUCCCGGCCGGUUUGGUACAGGUUCGUUUAUGGCUGGAGGAAAUUCUGUGGGAUAAAAAAUCGGAGAUGGAUGUAUACCGCUGCAAAGCUUUGUUGAGCAUUCAAAACUCAGACCAGCUGCACAUUUUGCAAAUUGGUCUAUUUUGGUUUUUUUUUUCCCAAGAUUUAAUAAUCUUUGGUUAAUAUCUGGUUUAGUUACGUAUUUUUUGGUUUAGCAAACACACUACACUAUAUGUAAAACCUUUCUCCAUUGGUUAGAAUCAAUCAACCAAAAAAUAACAAUUAUCUUCUUCUUUAUCUCUUCUCCCUCUCUCUACAAUCGCUUAUCAUCACCAUCAAAUCCAUUUGUCCUAUAUAUGAUGAUCAUUUCUCUUCUUUGAUCGUCUUUUGGCUUGUGAUUUUGCUCAAUUCCAAGUCCACGGUGCUGGAUUCUUGAUUUAGGGUUUCGAAACAAGAGCGAUUGAUCAUGAGGACACGCAGCAAAAAGAUCAAAACCGUGAACAACAACAAGAAUCUACAAAAGUCGGAAAAGAAGAACAAGUUUGAUCAACUCCCUCUGGACCUAGAGAUCGAGAUAUUUAAGAGGUUGCCUUUGAAAUCUGUAGCUAGGUUUCUCACACUAUCCAAGUUAUGUGCAACAACUAUCCGCAGUCCAAGUUUCAUCACAUCUUUCCCAUCGCAGCCUUGUACCCUAAUCGCUUCCGCCCCUAUAAUCAGGACGUGCCACAACUUGCCUUCCAGCUUUAAAUCUAAGGACCAAAGGUUGUACUUCUUCUCAUCAACGUCUUUUCUAUCGCGUUUGACAUGUCCGUCGUCCCCAUAUCCUAAUCUGAUAGAGUACUAUUAUCAUUAUGCUAAUGGUUUGAUAAGCGUUGGAUGUGGUCGAGAGCAAAUCGUAACUAACCCUAGCACUGGUAGAUCCAUAACUUUACCAAGUGUCAGAACAAGGAGAAUGGGUAUAAAAAGUUUUUUCGGAUAUGAUCCAGUUAGUGAUCAAUACAAAGUCUUGUGUAUGACGGAAAGACUUCAUGGCCUUCGACAAGACCCAUCAUCUCAACAUCAAGUGUUCACACUGGGAGAAAAAAAGCCAUGGAAAAUGAUCGAUUCUACUAGCAUUCCUAAUCACCGUCCUUGGUCUAACGGUAUUUGCAUAGAUGGUCUUGUGUAUUAUGUUGCUAAAACGGGGCAAGGUAUUUCACAACUGAGCUUAAUGAGAUUUGAUUUGAGGGCUGACAAUAUGAAUCUUUUUACUAGUUUACCUGAAGAGAUUCGAACUCCAACAAUAUAUAGUGACACUUUAUUAAACUUCGAGGGGAAAGUAGCCAUAGCCAUUCCAACUACAUCAUAUAUAUUUGAUGUGUGGGUUAUGAAUCAGGAUGGCGCAAAACAUGAAUGGUUGAAGAAAAUAACUUUCAGUAUUGAACCAUGGAAGAGUUUAUUUCGCUAUCUAUAUGUUAGAGGCACUACUCAUACGGGUGAGUUUAUCCUCGCACCAUGGCAAUAUUCUGAUGAGUUUUAUGUCUUCCAUUACAAUCCCGGCAAGAAUAGUUUUACAAAGAUUAAGAUUGAUGUAUCCGCAGACGAUGAGUUCAAGGGUCGUUCUAAGAGAGCAAUAGUUUUUUCGAAUUACGUAGAGAGUGUUAGGUUGUUGUCGGAGAGACAAUUCAUGAUUUAAUACCCUUUGUACUUUCGUUGAUUACUCGGUUGAUUAGUUUUAUUUCACAAACAAUAUCACCAUUUCUAUCUAAACUCAGCUGGAAUUUUUCUC